UUCUUCAGCAGAAGAUUAAGAAUAAGCAUCUCUUGCAAUCCCGCAGCCGGUAUUGCAUUUAAAAAAUUGCAGAAGAUUACCUACUUCAGAAACCUUUGAAAAAUGAGUCAAUUGCCCUGCUGUGUGGAGUCAGCAUGGCGUUCUCUUGGCUUUGACAAAAGAAGAUGAAGUUCAUCGUAUUCUAAAACCACGUGUUAGUUUGAAAUUUUUGGAAUUUCAUCUUUGGAGUGAUGGUUUGUUACUUAUCAGGUUUACAAUCCAAUUCUUGUCUUUGUCUGGUUAGGUUUUUCUUCGGAGUUUCAGAUUCCUCAUCAAUUUUCCGAGAAAUCUUGAGUAAGAAGUAUUAAACAAAUCUGUUUUACAAAAUGAUCUGGACCAACUGUAGUUUUAACAAAAAAUAUAUGGCGUGGGAUCAAUUUUCAAAUCAAAUAGGUCAUCUUCUGUUAAAAUAUUGUAUCCCGGAUUCUUCUUCUUUCAUGAUGACAUCAUUGAUUUGGUGUAAUGGGUGAAUCAUGGUCAAAGGCAGCUCGGAAAAUAUUGUUUAUUCUACGCCUUUGUUGACAGGGUAAUGUCAGUAGGGUUUGUCUUAUUGACAGGGACACAUUUGUUUCUUUUACUUUUCAUCACCAACAAGGUUUUAUUUGUGUACAGGAAAUUUCAUAGAAAAACAGCUGCUUAAAAGUUCAAACCUUUGUUUUGGGUUGUGAAUUUUUAAAUAUAGUCAGAAGAGGUCAUAAGGUAAUGCGGGGUUGUUACCAGUCGAAAAAGAUGUUUAACUUUCUCAUUCUCCUACAAAAGCAGGAAGUGUGAGCGACCAAUGGAUGCAGGACAGAUAUUGUCUGUGUAGGGAGUUGAUACAGCAUAUAUUCUUCUAGCAGUUCUAGUUCAUGCAGUUGAAACCUCAGACCAUAUUUCAGGAGGUUUCAAGAAUGUUACAAUUUCGUGUGGAAAAUGAAUUUUGAUAUAGCAAAGCUUGUAUCCCGAGAAAUUUAAGUUGAGUUAUCUUUCAGAGAUCAGAUACCGGUUCUACAAGUUUAGGUCUUUGCAGCUGGAUGAAUGUCCUUGUGUGCAUAGGAAUUCACUGUUGUUCAAGUUCUGAAAAUCUUUAGUCUCUUUCAAGCCUAAUUUAUUUUCUAGGGGCAGUCAAAAAUUUGAAAUUUUCAUCAUGGGAGUGUUCAUGUGGAUCAAAAGCAAGAGAAUAGUUUUUAUAUCCUGUAAAGACAGAGAAGCAGGAUUCCGUUGCCUUGAGAAGCAAGUCACAAGAUACCCAUAUCAUGUGCUAAAAGAUGCUACUAAGAACUUUCAUCCAAGUUGUAAACUAGGACAAGGGGGUUUUGGUGCAGUGUUCAAGGGGGUACUUCGUGAUGGCACUACAGUGGCAGUAAAGAAACUCUCUCCCAAAUCAUUCCAAGGACAAGAAGAAUUUUCCACUGAGAUUGCUUUCAUUAGUCAUGUGCAGCAUCAGAACCUUGUAGCAUUAAAAGGGUGGUGCGUGAAGGAGAAAGAGAGACUACUAGUAUAUGAAUUUCUUGAGAACCGAAGUCUAUUUCAAACUUUAUUGGAUAAGAGGACUGCUAUUCAUUUAGACUGGCCCACAAGAAUGAAAAUUAUCACUGGAGCAGCUCGUGGUUUAGCAUAUCUACAUGAGGGUUCUUGGCCACGAAUUAUACACCGUGAUAUCAAAGCUAGCAAUAUUCUGCUGGACAAAAAUCUGAAUCCAAAAAUUGCAGACUUUGGCUUGGCAAAAAUUUUCCCAGAGGAUCAGACACACAUUACGACAAGAAUUGCUGGAACUAUUGGCUAUGUAGCUCCUGAAUAUGCUAUGCGAGGUCAUCUCACAGAAAAGGCAGACAUUUUUAGCUUUGGGAUAGUUGCAUUGGAAGUUGUGAGUGGCAAGUCCAACAUGGAUCCUACACUACCCAUCAGUACACUAUAUAUCUUGGACUGGGCAUUUGAAUUGCUUAGUGAAGGCAAACUUUUGGAUCUUGUGGAUCCAAAAUUGGGAGAUAAUUAUUGUGUAGAAGAGGUUUUAAGGGUUAUUCAAGUGGCCCUUCUGUGCACUCAAGGAAUGAGUUCUGCCCGGCCAUCAAUGAGCCUGGCACUUUCGAUGCUAUUAGGGGAGGCUUCUAUUGAGGAUGUGUGCAGAAAAAGUUUUGAAGAUUCUCUAGGUGGAGUUUCACUACGUUCAUCAAGUACAAAGGACUUUCGGACCACUAACUCUUACUACAACUCUUAUGGUUCUUCAUUCACCUGUCAAAAAUGUGGAGGUCAGGAACUCCUCCAUCACGGUCUUAUGUUGAAAUAAAGGAUUCAAAAAGAGGAAGUGGUAAAAAGCAAGCGAACAACUACUGUUUAUAACUUUGGCAUCCAAAGCUGAUUCUUGUAGUUGUGACAAUCAGUCACUAGUUACAACUCACAUUCAGACACAGAUUUACAGAUGUGGAAAUGGAAUUAAUUCCUUCAACCAAUGAUAAUGUAAAAUCUUCCAAAUAUUUUCGUAGUCUUAGGUAUCUGCCAAGGCAGGCUGUAAUUAGUAUAUUCAUAUUGUAACCAUAAUCUUCCAUUUUUUAUAGCUAGAUUUGCUGUAAUGUACAGUACCUAUCAUGAUUACUUGUACUGUCCAAGCAACAUAAUUGGACAAUCCAAACCAUAGAUAUUUGCCGACUGUGCAGGGAACUGAAGAGGGAAAUAUAACAUAGUUAAGAUCUUGUUGAAGGAAGCUGCUAACAUUAAUUUAAAUUAAUCAAUAUUGCA